UGUGUGAGAGAGAGCAUUUAGUGUCUGGUUUUUGCGGAUUACGAAUAGGUUGAGGAUCACUAACUAAUAUAGAAUAUAAGACUUGGUGCGCCGCUGUUUGAAUGGUUAUCAUCAUGUACCAUAAAAUCUGCACUGUUGUUCUGCAUGUUGGUGUUAAUUGUUGCUCAGACCAAUGGGGAAAACUUUGCUUUGCGCAGUGAACAGAGAUUUGGAUGCUGUUGUCACCAAAGACGUUGACAGAGAAGAAACAGAUUUGUCCACUUUCUCUAGUCACAAGUGGACAUUGUAGAUGCAUUGAGGCACUUGAAAAGGCUGUGUUUGAGUGACUGUCUGUCUCGGCUGGCCACUUCUGAGCUGACGACCUGAGCCGCAUGUUAAUGCCAGGUGUCAACGGUGCCCCUGAAAGCCGGAACCUUCCUGUAUGUGCCAGAACAUACGGAGUGCAGUUCCUGCCAGCCUCAGUCUGCCGAUUGCAAACAGCACCACCUCUGUCGAAUCCUGCGCCAUCAGCAAUGCCAACUGGCGCAGAAACCGCCAACGCCCGCCACAUCUCAGCCGGAUUCAACUGCUGAAAGUUUAGCGCCGUGUCGCGGCCCUCGCCGCCAUCCUGGGAACUCAAGUGCAGCUCACGUCCAUUCACAGAGGGAAGCAAAACGCUGAGGGGCCUGAAGUAUUCUGCACCAAAGCUCACGUCUCAGGCAUGGCUCCCAUUCGGGACUCGGUCAGCCACUCCCCUAACCCAACAGGUUUGGAUCACGCUGGUCUGGACCCUCAGUAUGAGAAUUCACCCUGGAGCUCUGGCUCUCCCUGCAGUGACUCAAACAGCAACUGGGGCAAAGUGAUUGUAGACAGCUGUGAUAAGGGAGCCUGGCCUUCCAUCACUGGUAGUGACCCUGAGCUGGCCUCAGAAUGUAUAGAUGCUGACUCUGUCUCCAGCUCUGGGUCUGAGAAAAACCUCUGCAUGAUGGCGUCUGGGAUUGCUGGCGGUGACAGCAAUGGCAAUAGGCAAGGAAGCAAUCAAGGUUCUCAUUUUAUGGUUGCAAAAAGCAGCAAUAAUGUGGCUAAUGGGAGUGUUAAGGGUCCUUGGGGCUCAGUGCUAAGCACAAGUCAAGGUUCUGGAGAGAGCCCCAGUGACAAACUGGCAGAAGGUGGUCAUGGAAAAAUGAAUGCAUGGGGUACCCAAGGUCCCUCGACUAAUGGAGGUGUAAAUCCAAGCACUUUGAACCCAAAUGCCAACCAUGGUGCCUGGCCUGUUCUGCAGAAUGCUGCUCCCAACUCCCACGGAGCUUUAGGCAAUGGGAACGGGGGUGCCAACACUCAACGAAGCACCAUAGGUCAAGUGCCCAACAUGCAGAGUGUUAACUCUAAGAUGUCUUGGGGAGGCCUGCAGGAAAAGGUGGUCGACCCUGAAGUCAAUGGUACAAGCAAGGUCAUAAGUGGGCAGCCUCAAAACCUUAACACUGAAUUUAACGGACCAAAUAACACUACUAACCCUUUGACCUCUAGUUUACCAAACUCUACAGGCUCACUGCAGAUGAACGAACGAUCCUGGCCUGUGAGCACAGGGGGAACCUCUCAGCUCCAAACUUCUCCUGUCUCUAAUGGCACUUCCAUUUCACAGAAUGGCAACGGCGAGGGGAUGAACAGCGGGUCCUACGGUACAGCAUGGGGUGCUCCGCCCAGCACUACUUACUCUGGAGACAAAUGUUCUGUCCCAAAAGGCCAAGCUGUGGGCGACACUGUGAAUGCAACUCUAAUGCAGUCCGGAACUAAUGGAUCUUCUGUGAGCGCUGCUUCUUUCAAAAAUAAUAAUAAUAAUAACGGGAUCAUCAGUUGUGGAGGAGGCUGGGACUCUCAGUCCACUGCCUCUCAAAAUUUGACUUGGGGAGCAGGCAACAGCAUCGGUGCUGCUGGAGCCUCAUGUCCCUGGGGUAGCACCUCCUCUUCCUCGUCAUCCUCCUCAACGUCUUCAAACACUGGCACUAAAGUCUCGAGUGGGGAGUGGGGCUCAUUGCCAAGCAACAAUCAGCAUUCCAGUGAUGGCACAAGCGAGAGCAGGAAGGGAACAAAUGGGUGGAAGUCCUUGGAAGAUGAUGCUCUUGGAAUAGGGAGCGGUGGUCAGUCAUCCCAAGGCAGCACAUGGAACAAAUCUACAGGGAGUGAAGGAAGUGGAGAAAGCUUGGGAACUCAUAGUGAUAGGGAUGGACAGCGCAAUGGCAACCGCAGGAGGAGCAACCAGCAAACUUUGGUACAAGCAGCUCUCUCAAGAACCGAUAUGGACCCAAGGGUGCUCUCCAAUCAAGGAUGGGGACAGACCCCAGUCCGUCAAAAUACUGCCUGGGAUGUAUCCAGCUCUGAGAGGAAGACCGCAAAUGGGUCCCAAGGAUGGGGUGGCGUUUCACCCCAAACGUCAAGCUCCCAAAGUGGAUGGGGAGACACACCCAACACCAACACUAAUGAUGGUGCCUCUGGAUGGAGCGAGCAAAAGCCUUCCUCUGGUUGGAGGGAGACCAAAGCUCAGAAUGGCUGGGAAGACUCUUCAGCUGGCAUGAACAGGGCUAAUUCAUCUUGGGGUAACUCCAAAGAUGACAAAUCAUCUUCCUGGAAUAAUGGACAAAAGACGAAACAAGGUUGGAGUGGAUCUUCUGGGGAGGGUUGGGGUGGAGAAGGAUCAAGAGGAAACCACUGGGGGGAGGCACAGAAGUCUGGAUCUGGAGGGUGGGAUAGUGACAGCGACCGUUCCGGUUCAGGUUGGAGUGAGACAGGGCGUUGUAACACCAACAACACUUGGGGAGGAAGCGGCAGCACUAUCACUCCUGACCAAGGUGGUCAAUCAGCUGGAUGGGGAGAAUCUGUGAAGACUAACAAUCAGAACCAAGGCUGGGGUGAGCCAAUCAAACCAAGUCACUCCAGCCCAGCCUGGGGUGAAGCUACAAAAUCCAGCAACCAGUCAGAAUGGGGAAAAGGCCAGGAUACCAACAUAGGGACCUUCAGAUCAGGAAAUGGCUCUCAAACUGUAGCCAAAAACAAGCCGACUGGAUGGCUGGGAGGUCCAGUGCCUGCUGCUCUAAAAGAAGAGGCGCCAACAGGUUGGGAAGAGCCCUCUCCUGAAUCUAUCCGGCGCCGGAUGGAGAUUGAUGAUGGCACUUCCGCAUGGGGAGAUCCAAACAAGUACAACUAUGGCAAUGUGAACAUGUGGAACAAGAACAACUCUGGAGAGCAGGAUAUUUCAAAGCAACAACCACCUCCUCCUGCCCCAAGCUCCAUGGGGCAAAAAGAGAAGAGCUGUAGCUCAGGAUGGGGAGAACCUUAUAUUGGGCCUCAAAAAGGGGAGUCUUCAUCAUGGACAGAACCUGCGGUGGACGUCGGUACAUCUGCAUGGGGAAAGCCAGUGGAUUCCGGGUCGAGCUGGGAUGAUCCAGGAAGAGAGAACACCGGAAAUGGGUGGAACUCCCAACAUCAGCACAAAUCUGGACCGAAGCCUGUGCAGAGCAGCUGGGAUGGGGAGAUGGCGAUGCCUGCUCCCUCUAAUUGGGGGGAGGAGGAGGAAGAGGUGGAGAUCGGCAUGUGGAAUAAUAACACACCACAGGAAGUGAAUCAGUCAGGAAACUGGUCCUACUCGAAGAAGGUCCCUCCAAAGAUGAACAAAGGCACUGGGAAGCCUGACGAUCCAUGGAUGAACCAGUUUGUGAAGCAGUUCAACAGCAUGAAUUUCCCUAGGGAUUCUGAAGACUCCCUGAAGAGCAAUAAGAUGGACAUGCCUGCAGGAAUGAUGGAUAAGAGAAUGGAUGUGGAUAAGCAUAGUGUUAACAUGCAAUCAGCCUCACGCCACCCGAUCCACAAAGAUCCGUCGCCCAUCGAUCGCAACUCGUACAUGGAGAAGCUGUCUCUGCCCUGUGAUAACUCUGUAGUGGAUGAACAACAAAAUGCACAAAGCUUGAGCUUUCCCCUCUCUAACUCUGCUUCAGGCAGGCAGAACGUAAACAUGUACAGUGGUGGACACGGAGCAGCACAAGGCCGAAACUCCCAGCAGCCUCCAGCACAACCUCUGAACUCGACUCAGUCCAAUUUACGCAACCAAGUGCCUCCUCCACUGCUCCCCUCUCAGGUCCCUCCGUCAUUGUUAAAGUAUCCACCCAAUAAUGCCGGUCUGAACACAAUUUUUGGCCCUCAGCAGAUGGCUAUGCUCAAUCAGCUUUCCCAGCUCAACCAGCUCUCUCAGCUCAAUCAGAUAAAUCAGCUACAGCGUCUCCUUCAGCAGAAAGCUCAAAGUCAGAGAGUCAUGACUGGCAACAACCGGCAAACCCAAGAACAGCAGGGUCGUGUUUUUCCUGGAGGUGCCAUGGUCCCACCUCCUCGUCAUGUGGAUCAGCCCCUGCUGAAGCAACACUCACCCCCACAGCCUGCAUCACUGCACCAGCCCAAACCCUAUAUGGACAACUUCAUCAGCCUGAACACACCUGACUUGCACAAAGAACACGCACUCAAUUCUUUCACCAACUUCCCUUUAGGCUUGGCCUCAAACUUGAAUGUAAACAAUCCUGAUAUUGGGAGUGUUGGGUUCAAAGAGCCACAGUCCCGUCUCAAGAAGUGGACCGCAAUGGAUAUUUCUCUUAACACGCCACUUGAUCAAAACCCCAGCAAACCUGGUGCUAUGUCCUCUCUGAGGAUUGAAGACCCUCCCUUUGGUCCGUAUGACUUUAUAAACUCCAGUAAUUCUCCCAUCAGCCCUCCCGGUUCAGUGGGGGACGGCUGGCCCACUCGUGCCAAAUCACCUCAUGCAUCCUCUAAUGUCAACUGGCCACCAGAGUUUCGUCCCGGUGAGCCAUGGAAAGGUUACCCGAACAUCGACCCUGAGACGGACCCGUUCGUCACUCCUGGCAGUGUGAUUAACAACCUCUCCAUUAACACAGUGCGGGAUGUUGAUCACCUCAGGGACAGGAACAAUGGGCCAUCCUCAUCACUAAACACCACGCUGCCUUCCAACAGUGCCUGGACAUCCAUUCGUGCCUCCAACCACAGUAGUUCCCUCAGCAGUACAGCACAAAGCACUUCAGCCAGAAGCAGUGACUCUAAAUGGUCUCCUGGUUCAGUGUCUAACUCCUCUUUAGCUCAUGAGCUGUGGAAGGUUCCUCUGUCGUCUAAAGGCGUCUCUGCUCCGUCCCGUCCCCCACCCGGCCUCACCGGGCAGAAGCAACCCUCCUCCUGGGGCAAUGGCGCACUGAGACUCGGUGCCUGGGGCAGCUCUGAACCCAGAUACACUCCAGGCUCCAGCUGGGGUGAAAGCAGCUCAGGGAGAACCAACUGGCUUGUUCUCAAAAAUCUCACACCUCAGAUCGAUGGCUCUACCCUGCGUACUCUGUGCAUGCAGCAUGGUCCACUCAUCACAUUCCACCUGAACCUGCCACAUGGAAAUGCUCUUGUCUGCUACAGCUCAAAGGAGGAGGCGGCAAAGGCUCAGAAAUCACUGCACAUGUGUGUGUUGGGGAACACUACGAUCCUGGCUGACUUUGCAAGCGAGGAGGAGAUAAAUAGAUUUUUUGCACAAGGCCAGUCGAUGUGCGUGUCUGCAGGCUGGCAGGCGUUGGCGUCCUCUCAGAGCCGACUCUCGUCAGACGCCUUUUCCAGCGGCGGUGGGGGUGAGCUGCACCCGUCCUCCUCACUAUGGGGGGCACCCAGCUACUCCAGCAGCCUUUGGGGAUCCAGCGCCUGUCCCGAUGGGGGCAAUCGGCUCAGCAGCCCCUCCCCCAUUGCUUCCUUCCUGCCAGUGGAUCACAUGACAGGAAGUGGCGACUCCAUGUAAUGCAUCAAAACACAACACAACAAAAAAGAAAACCCUGUGACCUCAGCGUGGCAUAGCUCAUCAGAAUCAUGACUAUUUAGAUUCUUUAUGGAGAAAAAAAAAAUCUAAAGGCACUAGUUUCUUCACUUACAAGCGUAAUAAUAAUAUUAAUCAUAAUAAGGCGGGGUCAACCUGUGGAAGUAAGUUACGACUUUUUUCUUUUUGAUUUUUUUUUUCUUUUUUUCUCUCUGCACAUAUGUCCACUUUGUUUUAGCCCAAAAACAAAAACAUAUCAGUGUGAAUACUUGAAUCAUGCAGGCCAAUACGAUAAUGUGAAAGGAUGCGUUUUAAACCUUCCAGGUCGUGCUCUUCAUGCAGACGUACAGGAAAAAACAAAAUCUUUCAGCUUAUUCAAUGUGUAUCUGAAUUCCAGUUCUUUUCAUUUCUUUUUUUUUUUUUUUUUAUAAAUGUGUCGUUGUUAGCUUUUUUUGUUUGUUUGUUGUUGUUUUUUUUUAAACUUUGCACUGAAUGUGGUUUUUCUCAGUAUAUAACUCUGCAAUAUCGAGGGAGCCGACAGUUCCAGUGUAGAUGUUUACUCAAGGAUGUUCUUAAAAUGCGUGUGUGUGUGUGUGUGUGUGUGUGAGCGCAUGAGUGUGUGCUCUACUAUGCCUUGACGUACGCCUACCUUAUCGUGGUAUUGUGGAGUCUGAGAUCAAGUUAAGAUGCUGACCUUUAGGAUUACCUGAUGGUGAUAUUACACGUUAAAUGAGUAUUGCACCAAUUUAUCUUUUUUCUUUUUUUUUUCUUCUUUUUUUUUGUGUGUUUUAAAAGAAAACUAAAGAAUUUAGCAUUCUGCAGUCUAAAGAAACUGUAGCCACAGCUGUGACUCGCAAAAAAAAAAACAAAAAAACAGCACUUUGAAGAUUUGGAUUACUUUGGUCUUUUUUGGAGGCACCACAUAGGGUUCCUCUUGUUUACAGACUUUGGAUGGGGGAAACGUACGCUCAUUCUUCCUUCAUUUUAAAUGAGUAACAUAAAAUGCACAAAAACCUUUAAAAAAUUAUAAAAUAAGGAAAAAAACGAAUUAAAAAAAAAACCUAAAAGUUUUUAAAAAGUUGAAAAAAAAAAUAAACAACAAACAACUACAGAAACUGUUGUGGAUGAAGACGAUGCCGUGUAUCUCUGGGAAAUACUGAUCAGUGUUCGGCCAUGCCGUCGGUUAUAAGAUGUAUUCCUGUCGUCUGCUCAAUAACCAGCAUGGUUCUCAGGAAAUAUAGCCAGUUUUUUCCCCCCUCAAAUAAAAACCCCUAAUUGUAGGAAAAAUCAACUUUUAGCACUGAAACGACUACUUGGAGCUGAGUGCGUUUAUUUCUCUGCCAAAAACCUGCUUUAAGCUGGAGACAUUCUUACACACCGUCGCGCUCAUUAACUGCCCCGCUCACUUCCUUUAUCUAAUUCUGCUUCUUUCUAUUCUACUCUUCAUUCGUUUUAUUAGUUCUAUUAUUUACUCCUCUUUGGAGUUGUUUCCCCCACCUCUUUUAGUGUUUUACUUCUCCUUGUAUUUUUCUCUUUCUCUCCUUAUCUUUUUGCAUUUCAUUUUUUUCUUUCACACAUUUUUUUGUGUGGUGUUUUCAUUUCAUUUAGUUUUUUUUUUGUGUGGUCUCAUCUGUUCUUUUCCUUCAGUGUUUGAGUGUUGGUUUAAAAGGAAAGAAAAAGCAGAAACUAUGCAUUUCCUGUAGCUCUGUGACGGAAUUGCUUUUUCUUUUUUUAAAGCUGAAGUUUUCCCAAAAGGCAUUCUGAAUAGCCGAUUGUAGACGAGCCUUCAUUGUGUUUUGUUUUGGUUUGUUUUUUUGUCUUUUUUUUCUUCCCCCAACAUCGCCACAGUCGGCAGUUCGUUUAACUUUUAAGUAAUCUACAUUUCAUUAAAAUGUUUUUUUUUUCUCGUUUGUUUCCCGAAGAUGAUGCAACACCGUGGCUUUUUAACUGUUUACAAAUAGAGUAUGAUUGUAAUGUGUACAGGUCUCUGAAGUUCUUUUACAAUAUGGAUCAAUCUGGCUGCUCGUGUCAUUACUAUUAUCACUAUGAUUAUUAUUAUUAUUAUUAUUGUGUUUUUCCCUUUGGUUUCUCAGCGCUGGUGUGUCGGUGUGUGAACAGCUGGAGCCUCUGAUUACGCCCUCAGAGGGGAAUGUAACCUAAACACACGUGUUAGUCAUGUACAUAACCAUUAUAUCGCAUUGUUGAUGCACAGAGAUGUCAGCAUUAGGCGAAGCCAUGGACCUUAAUGUGUGUGUGUGUGUGUGUGUGUGUAAGCUGUUAAUGCUCCCUAUUGUGUGUGUGUGUGUAUGAGAGAAAGAUAUAUCCAUGUUUAAACCCAUGAGUAUUAGCCUUUCUUUUGCGACUUUAUGCUGCGUGUGCCAGUAUUGAACCGUUUUAAUAACCGCUUUACCAAAUCGAACUUUAAUCAAAAGCUUCUUUGCUGAAUGAUUCCACAUUUCCAUUAAAAAAUAUUACAAAAAAAAAAAACUAAAAAAAAAAAAAAAAUCCCAAAAUGCCUUGCGCUUGCACUUGGUGUGAACAGCCGCUGAUUAAAGCGUUUGUGCAUGCAGAGUGUAGCUGUAGAGUGAGAGGAGGAUUGUGUUGUGCUCGUGUGUCAUUACACCCUGCUCGUGACCGUACCCUGCUGUAACACACACACUUCCGUCGUGUUACUCCUCAUCUUCCGUGACGUGCUGGUGCUCCAGACUUUUGCGUGCGCGCGUGCAGAUUGAAGUCCACAGUGUCUGUUACACCUCAAGUGUCCAUGACUACAGUCCUCUUAUCUAGAAAUUAGCUGUGUGUGUGUGGAAAAUGCUCAGCAGUGGUUUAGCUGCCUUUGUCGGUCCCCUCUUACAAUAAUGCAGACUAAAUGAGUGUUGGUGCUGGUUUGCUCAGCGUGUGUUCGCUUCGUCUUUACGUUCAUGUAUCGCUCACUCUGUCAGAUUCUGUGCAGUGUUAAUUCAACUUCACACACUUCUGUGUUUAGCUUUUUGUUUUGUUUUGUUGUGCGUGGGAACGAACAGCAGUGGAUCUUCCUCGACUUCCCCGUCCCAGUACACACACUCUAUCCAUAUAGUCUCCGUUACACUCUUAACUACAUGCGUCCAUUACUACACUGCUGUUUAUCCACCCAGAACAUGUGUGAUUUUUAAUAUGGAGAAAAAUCCUCUCUGAGCUUUAACAAUGGUUCUGAUUUGUGCUCAUUUCCUCCAACUUGCUGACUGAAAUUGAAGGGGGGAUGGGGGGGUGCCUCAUAGCCACUGAGUUUCUUUCGUGUUUUUGUCGUCUUGUACUUGUGUUUAUGUCUGAACGAGAAAACAGUUCUGUAAUCCACUGUCAUGCCAAAUGUAGAAAGAAAGUGCAGGAGGAGUGUGCGUGUGUGUGCGCGUGUGUGCAUUCAAACUGGAUGGCAAUGUACAAUCCCCAUAAUGCAUAACGGCAGCCGGGUGAAUGGGGUGGGGGGCGGGGGGUGUAAUCUGGCAUAGACAUUCUACUUUUGUACUGAAUGUGUUUUUCUUUUCUUUUCUAAUUGAUCCUGUGAGCGAAUCAUCACAGUAUGUGUGUGUGUGGUUCAUUUUUAUUUCUUUUUAAAACAAAUAUCGUUCCUACUGUUUGCAAUUUUUGACUUUAAACUGUGAGAGCGUCUCGCCGUCGGUUGUCGUCGUUCCGAUUCUCGAUUGACAAAAAAAACCCUAAAAGCUUUAGAAGAAGAAAAAAAAAAACCAGCACAAAGAGGCCGAACGAGAAACUCUUCCAUCCUGGAGAACAUUCGGAGAACGUCUAUGCAGCGAAGGACGAGGCUUCCAUUAGAAUAAUGUGUGUUAACGCGUAAGGAACAGAAUCAAAAUAAUCCCAAGUGGAAUUUAAGGGUUUUUAAAGAAGAAAAAAAAAUCCUUCAAACGCACGUGCCAUGACUGACAUCCGUAUAUUUUUUAUUUUGGUGUUUUCUUCUCCAAAAAUUAAAGCGGGCCAGUUGUAGCAGACUUUUGGAGCAUUAUUAGUGUUGAUGUUAUUGUUAAAUGUUAAUUCAGCGACUUCAUGACACUCCUCAGCGGUAAAAAUGUCAAAAAAAAAAAAGUUUUUAAACUGAAAAUACACCAUUCUGGUUUUAUGCUCACACAAAUGCGCGCAUCCUCAGUAUGCACACUGCUUCGCUAGGACUGUUUUUGAAAUAUACAAAGAUUUAAAAACGUUGCAGAAAUGACCUGAGCGAGCAGGAGGUCUCCUCAGCGUUCCUGCUGCCGUCUUUAGCAUCAAUGUGUUUAGCUUGGGGGGGAAACUGCACUUUUUGAAGGACAAUCCUUAUUUGUAACGGUCAUUGUUAACAAUAUUUAGUCGGAUAAUAACGAGAACACAAGGUAGAAACUCUUGUAGUGAUGAAUGUUUCCUCUAAUGCUGUUUUUACUUUCCUCUUUUUGUUGCUUGGUUUUCGAAUUAAGUGGAAUAAAGCCGUAGAGUAGGUUUUUAGCUCUUUUUUUUUGUUUGUUUGUUUUUUUGUUGCCUCUACUUGUAGACUGAUUUACUGUUUGUAUUGUUCUGAUCUUAAUAUCAGAAUACAAAGCUGUAUAAACCUGGGUGCAACCCGCAAUAAAUAAAUAAAAAGUCUAACAUUGAA